UAUGCUAAAAAGCCAUUUCGUGUGUGAAAAUAGUGAUUUACUUUUCGAGAAAUUUUAAGCGUUUUCAAAUAUCUUUUGUUAAAUUUUUGACUAGUGUUUCUCAUAUCCUAGUAACCUGUCUUGCAUCGAGGCUUGUGGUUGGAUCUGUAACCGCACACGAGGAAGAAUUACUUAUUAAUAAUUCUUCUAAAAGAAAAUAUGGCGAAGCGAUCAAGUUUUAAGAGGACCUUGCUUCUUUUUACCGAGGAGAAUGUCGAAAAUGCAGAAAAAUUACGUACAGUUUUAGAGAGUGAGUCCAACGGUGAUGUGGAAGUGUUCGAUCUGGUCGACAUUGAAAAGACAAGAAACUCGACGCUUGAAAAAGAGCUUGUGAACUGUGAUUGUAUCAUUCUCGUUUGCUCCCCUAAGACAAACGAACUGAUCGACAAUGAAGAAAGCUCUGUGUUUAAAGCUGAGGGAGGAAUCGAAGUCAACUUUAACGGGAAGAUUAUCAGCCAGUUUUUAAAGGAAAACAAAGACAAUAUUCGGUCGAAAAUCGUUCCCGUUUCGUUCGUCGAUUUGCCGAGAGUUUUGACAACGCCUGGAAAAAGAGGACAUAAAGGACAUAUUUGUUUUAGCAUCCCACAAGGCAAGGUAACAGAGAGAAUGCUGGAAGGAGUGAUGCUAGAAACUCUUAUUGCAAUGAUACGUGGAAAAAAGACGAUUUAGAAACCGUGGAAGUCUUCAAAACGUUUCAAAAUGACGAUAAUUGUGUUUAUUGUGGACUCAAGUGUCGACACCUUUACUAAAUAGGUUCGUGAAUUAUCUUAUUUUGACUUCAAAUUGGUGAGCCUCUUUAAAAUAACAAAAAAUAUAGCUAAACUAUGUUAUUAGAAAAGUGAUUGAAUUAUCGAGUAUUCCUUAGAGUCGAACAAAAAACAAAAGCUGUUAAAAUUGAGCUCAAAUAUUGUAAUUAGAUAAUGUAAAACUAGUAGUCGAUACGAUACAAUUCAGUCAAGUUCUUUUAUGAUAAAAUGCUGUUUUUUCACUA